AGUUUUGUCAAUUGAAAUUGAGGCUGAUCGGUGUAAUAGUGAGGUGUGGAGUGUGUGACGGUAGCGUUGUUACAAUGGCGUGCUUUAUUAUUAAAUGUUUUACUCUUUUGAUCUUCAUUUUAUCACUCGGCAACUGUCAGCGAACACCAACCAUCUCGCACAUCACUCAGGAACAGAUAAGAGAUAUCGGUGGUCAAGUCGACCUGGACUGUUCUGUGCAUUAUGCACAGGACUAUCCAGUUUUAUGGCUCAAAUAUGAUCGUCACAAGUCGACAGAGUCACUUCCCCUGUCAACCAAUUCAGGUCUGAUUAUUCGUGAUUCGAGAUUUUCACUGCGUUUCGAUGCUGCAUCUGCGACAUACACAUUAUCUAUUAAAGACAUUCAAGAGACCGACGCGGGCUGGUAUCUUUGUCAAGUAAUAAUGUCUGUGAGCAACAAGAUAACCGCAGAGGUUGAGUUGCAAGUUCGAAGACCCCCAAUCAUAUCUGAUAACUCGACGAGAUCCAUUGUGACCAGUCAGGGUGAAAGUGCCCAAAUGGAAUGCUACGCCGGUGGAUUCCCGCCUCCGAAGAUAUCGUGGCGUCGUGAGAACAACGCGAUUUUACCAACCGGUGGCUCCAUCUAUCGUGGCAACAUAUUGAAAAUGAACUCUGUACACAAGGAGGACCGUGGGACGUACUAUUGCGUGGCUGAAAACGGAGUGGGCAGAGGUGCGAGGAGAAAUAUUAACUUGGAAGUUGAAUUUGCACCCGUUGUGACGGUACCCCGGCCUCGCUUAGGACAGGCUCUCCAAUAUGAUAUGGACCUGGAGUGUCACGUUGAAGCGUACCCGCCACCAGCUAUAACCUGGCUCAAGAAUGAGGUCCAACUCUCCAACAACCAACACUACAGGAUCUCUCACUUCGCAACGGCAGACGAAUUCACAGACACAACGCUCCGUGUGAUAACAAUCGAGAAACGUCAAUACGGCCUCUUCACUUGCAAGGCACAGAACAAACUGGGCACUGCACAGGGAACUGUCGAACUAUUCGAAAUGAUAAUCCCCGUGUGCCCGCCCGCGUGCGGCCAGACGCGCUACGCCAGCGCCGCCGCGCCCCGCGCGCCGCGCGCCCUCGCCACGCUCGGCCUCGGCCUCGCCCUCGGAAUCGCCAGUACCAGAUAUUAACUACCCCGGCUUGAGACUCGACCCGGAGAUCUACGGCAACAAAGCGUCACGGGCGCGCGUGUCAACGAUAAUCACUCUAGCGGCAAUUAUUACAUAUCUUGAGGUGUAACUAUUUACAAUAAUAAUUCUAUGUGACGGAUUCGAUCGAAAAGGUUUUAUGAUAUUAAAAAAAAUGAUGUAUCGAAUAUGAUAUAAUGUAGCGCAUUGGCGAGGUAAGCGAUGGUUGACAUUUCUUACAAUGCCAAUGUGUAAGGGCGUUUGGUGACCACUUACCAUCAGGUGCAUAUGCUCGUCCGCCUUAUAUAUAUAUAUAUAUAUAU